AUGUCAGUCAGUUAUUGUCACAUGUCAUUUCGCAUUCAAUGUUUUCGUGUUUGUCUUGAGUGUUUAUGCAAGUUAUUUUACUCUUUGGUCUUGAGGACGAUGAUAUUAAAAUAUUAUUUAGUUUUAAGUAAUAUAUAAAGUGAUUAGCAAAAUGGAUGAAGUCGCGAAAUUAGAACAUCUCUCUCUAGUAUCAAAAAUAUGUACAGAAUUAGACAACCAUUUAGGGAUAAAUGACAAAGAUUUGGCGGAAUUUAUCAUUGAUCUGGCUGACAAGAAUCCUCAGUUUGAUGGUUUCAAAAAAGCACUUAUCGAAAAUGGAGCCGAGUUUUCCGACUCGUUUAUGACAAAUUUACUCCGUAUAAUACAGCACAUGAAACCAGUUGCUAGUGAAAGUGAAAAAAUUGAGGAAAAAGAUAAAAAAUCUAGUAAUCCCUUGGCAUCGAAAUUUCCUGGUUUAGCUAUUCCUAAUGACAAGCCUCCAGUUUUUUCGUCCGAUGAAGACAGCGAAGACGAAAAGAAAAAUAAAAGAGUUACUGCAAAGGAAAUAUUUAAAGAUGAAUCAAAAGUAAAAGAAUCUUCUAGUAAAGAUGCUGUGCAAGAGGCAAUGGCUGCAUUAGAAGCUUUAGCUCCUUCCAACAGUCAUGACACAAAUGAAGACACCAAAAGAAAUGUCAAUAAAAGAGAUCAUAGUAGGGAUCGUAAGGACAGUCGUGUUAAAAGGGAUAGCUCAAGAGAAAGGAAAAGAAGAAGGAGUCGUAGUAGAGACAAAAGAAGCAGAAGCAGAGAAAGACGUAGUAGAAGUAGAGAUAGACGUAGCAGAAGUAAGGGCAGAAGAAGCAGAAGUCGAGAUAGAGAUAGACGAAGAAGGUCAAGAAGUAAACAACGUCAUAGAUCCAGAUCUAGAGAAAGGCAUAGGAGAUCAAGAUCCAGAAACAGAAGAUCUAGGUCUAGAUCACAAUCUCCUGGUAGAGAAAGUAGAAGUAGGUAUAGAGAGAGUGAAUAUAAUAGAAAACCAAAGAAGAAGAGCCCCGAAGUUGCGAUGAGUGAUGACCCUGAGCCAGGGAAGAUUUACAAUGGCAGAGUGGCAAAUAUAGUGCCGUUUGGAUGUUUCAUACAAAUGGAAGGGUUACGCAAGAGGUGGGAGGGACUCGUUCACAUAUCUCAGCUGAGGGCUGAAGGGAGGGUCACUAAUGUUUCUGAUGUAGUCUCUCGAGGAGAUAAAGUUAAGGUUAAAGUGUUGUCUGUGACUGGACAAAAGUUAUCACUGACUAUGAAAGAUGUUUGUCAAGAAACAGGAAAGGACUUGAACCCAACAUCUCAUGCACAUUUAGAGGUAAGUAUGUCAAGUCGUAACCCUGACCGUCCGCCACCAGCAGCCACCGUACUGGCUGGUCUACAGAGUGGUCUCGAUCCUGAUGAAGAUUCCAGUCGGAAACGAGUCACUAGAAUCUCUAGUCCUGAGCGAUGGGAAAUUAAACAGAUGAUAUCAUCAGGAGUCGUUGAUAAAAGUGAGCUACCAGACUUCGACGAGGAGACAGGUCUACUGCCAAAAGACGAAGACGGUGAGGCUGAUAUAGAAAUAGAACUUGUUGAAGAGGAACCUCCCUUCCUCCAAGGUCACGGCCGAGCGUUACACGACCUAUCUCCCGUUAGGAUAGUAAAGAAUCCAGACGGAUCGCUAGCACAGGCCGCCAUGAUGCAAUCGGCGCUGGCGAAAGAGAGAAGAGAACAGAAGAUGUUACAAAGAGAGCAGGAAAUGGAGAGCAUGCCAACUGGCUUAAACAAAAACUGGAUAGACCCAUUACCCGAGUCCGACGGCCGGGCUUUGGCCGCAAAUAUGAGGGGCACCGGUAUCACCCCCCAGGAUUUACCAGAGUGGAAGAAACACGUAAUCGGGGGGAAGAAAUCUUCGUUCGGUAAAAAGACUAAUCUGUCUCUCCUGGAGCAAAGGCAAUCCUUGCCCAUUUACAAGUUAAAAGAUGAGCUGACGAAGGCGAUAUCGGACAACCAGAUCCUGAUCGUGAUCGGCGAGACGGGGUCGGGCAAGACGACGCAGAUCACGCAGUACGUGUGCGAGGUGGGGCUGGCGGCGCGCGCGAGAGUGGCGUGCACGCAGCCGCGCCGCGUGGCCGCCAUGUCCGUGGCCAAGCGCGUGGCCGAGGAGUUCGGCUGCCGGCUGGGCCAGGAGGUGGGCUACACCAUCCGCUUCGAGGACUGCACGGGGCCCGACACCAUCAUAAAAUACAUGACAGACGGUAUGUUACUACGAGAGUGUCUGAUGGAUCUGGAUCUCAAGAGCUACUCUGUUAUUAUGUUGGACGAAGCUCACGAGCGCACCAUACACACGGAUGUGCUGUUCGGUCUCCUGAAGCAAGCCGUUCAGAAAAGACCUGAACUGAAGCUUAUUGUCACCUCCGCUACUCUAGAUGCCGUGAAAUUCUCUCAAUACUUCUUUGAAGCGCCAAUUUUCACCAUACCUGGAAGAACGUUCCCAGUUGAAGUGCUUUACACAAAAGAACCGGAGACUGACUAUCUGGAUGCAUCGUUGAUAACAGUCAUGCAAAUACAUUUGCGAGAACCGCCUGGUGAUAUACUCUUGUUUCUGACCGGUCAGGAGGAGAUCGAUACGGCGUGUGAGAUAUUAUACGAGAGAAUGAAAUCUUUAGGACCGGAUGUACCGGAACUUAUCAUCCUGCCCGUGUAUUCGGCCUUGCCGUCGGAAAUGCAAACAAGAAUCUUCGAACCAGCACCGCCUGGCUCUAGAAAGGUGGUCAUAGCUACCAACAUUGCUGAGACCUCCUUGACGAUAGAUGGUAUAUACUACGUCGUCGAUCCUGGCUUCGUUAAACAGAAAGUGUACAAUUCUAAGACCGGUAUGGACUCGUUAGUCGUCACACCAAUAUCCCAGGCGGCGGCGAAGCAGCGCGCGGGCCGCGCCGGGCGCACGGGCCCCGGCAAGUGCUACCGCCUGUACACGGAGCGCGCCUACCGCGACGAGAUGCUGCCCACGCCCGUGCCCGAGAUCCAGCGCACCAACCUCGCCACCACCGUGCUACAGCUGAAGACGAUGGGUAUUAACGACCUGCUGCACUUUGACUUCAUGGACGCGCCCCCUGUGGAGUCCCUAAUUAUGGCGCUGGAGCAAUUGCACUCUCUCUCUGCUCUAGACUCCGAAGGCCUACUAACUAGGCUUGGCCGACGGAUGGCUGAAUUUCCAUUGGAACCGAACCUCUCAAAAAUCCUCAUCAUGUCAGUAGCGCUACAAUGUUCCGAUGAAAUAUUGACUAUUGUGUCAAUGUUGAGUGUUCAAAACGUGUUCUACCGACCAAAAGACAAGCAAGCUCUAGCAGACCAGAAGAAAGCGAAGUUCAAUCAACCAGAAGGAGACCAUCUUACAUUGCUAGCCGUUUACAACAGUUGGAAAAAUAAUAAGUUCUCUAAUGCUUGGUGCUAUGAGAACUUUGUGCAAAUUAGGACAUUGAAACGGGCUCAGGAUGUAAGGAAACAAUUGCUUGGAAUUAUGGACAGGCAUAAAUUAGACGUCGUAUCAGCCGGCAAGAACAUUGUAAGGAUUCAGAAAACAAUUUGCUCUGGAUUCUUUAGGAACGCUGCGAAAAAAGAUCCACAGGAAGGUUACAGAACCCUAGUAGACAGUCAAGUUGUUUACAUUCAUCCCUCAAGCGCACUUUUCAAUAGACAACCAGAGUGGGUGAUUUACCAUGAGUUGGUACAAACAACAAAAGAGUAUAUGCGUGAAGUGACCACGAUUGACCCCAAAUGGCUUGUAGAGUUCGCACCGGCCUUCUUCAAGUUCUCUGACCCCACGAAACUUUCUAAGUUCAAGAAGAACCAGCGAUUGGAACCACUAUACAAUAAGUAUGAAGAGCCCAACGCGUGGAGAAUAUCAAGAGUCCGUCGACGAAGAAAUUAAUUUACUUCUUAAACAUAUUGAAAUAAAAAUAAAUGUCAUUAAUAUAAAA